AUGGUGAAGGGCCUAGAGGCGAAGACGUAUGACCAGCGGCUGAGGGUCGGCAGAGGAGCGUGUGGAGGAGAAACCCCGGCACUGCUGGGGCAGCGACUCUCCAAGUGCUCGCUGUCGAAGUGCACCAUGUCUGAAAUGGAGCGGAAGGCUCCCGACUCGAGGGAACAAGCAUGCAUGCUGUGUGGCCGGGCAGAUGCUGACCCGAACAUCUGCGGCCCCAGACACAAAAGGAAUGGGCUCUGUGCCCACGUUUUUUGUCUGUUUCUUGCGAAUGGCCUUGAUCGGCCUGGAAACCUACAGGAGGGAAUUUUGGGAUUUUUACUGGAGGAUAUACAGCACACAAUCAAGCAGGCAUCCCAGAAGCAAUGCUUCGUUUGUGGCGAGCGAGGGGCCACCAUCACCUGCACGGAGACGGGCUGUGAACGCAGCUUCCAUCUCCCCUGCGCCUCGGAGGGAGAAUGUGUCACCCAGUUCUUUGGGCGGUACAGGUCCUUCUGCUGGGAGCACCACCCUCAGCAGGCAGUGCAGGCAGCUCCAGAGCAGGACACCACCUGCACCAUCUGCAUGGACCCUGUGGGGGACAGCAAGUCCUACCACACCAUGGUGUGCCCAGCCUGCAGUCACGCCUGGUUCCACCGGGGCUGCAUCCAGGAACUGGCCAUACACACAGACAAUCACCGCAUCAAGUGCCCCGUCUGCAGAAAGGGGGAGUUUCGUUCAGAAAUGUCCAUCAUGGGGAUCCGAGGGAUCCGAGUCCCAGUCAGAGGACCAGCCUGGGAGAACAACAACGCCUCUGCAUCGCUGCAAGAGAGGUGCCGGCGCUGUACUGCCAGGGAAUGCCUUUACCCACAAGGCAGGGAGCAGGCGGAGGGACAGGGGCCCUGGCAGCUGCUCCUGUGCCGCUCCUGCGCUGCCGAAGGCACCCACCGGCGCUGCUCCAACUUGACCAACAGCGCAGGCACCUGGGAGUGCGACAGCUGCGCUGGCGUGGGCACCGCCUCCAGUGCCAACCUGGGGCUCGCCGGCCCCAGCACCUCCAGUCCAGAGCCUCUGGGGCCCUCCCGUGGCUCCCCAGCACCUGAAAGCAGCAGCCUCAGCAGCGCCAGCAGCCAGGCAGCACCGGGGCCAUCCCACAGUUCCCAGGUGACUGAGAGGAGGCGGCCAGGGACAGAACAGAGGACAAUCUGCCAGUCUGUACGCCAGGCCCAAGACACCU